UUGUCAGUCGGGGGCGGUAACCUUCUCAUUAAUCUGAUUGGCCAGAAUUUUCAGUUCCAAUUCGGUGACAGCGCGGGUCUUGGUUGUAAUAGCUUGGUGCAACUUUAUUGCCCCAAAGGUACGGAAACAUUUACAAACAUGACAGUUUAACAUAAUCUUAUGGGAGCACCUGGAAAAUCCACCAGUUUAGAAAAUAAAAAUAUAUAUAGCGGGGUAAAAAUUAAUAUAUAUUCAGGAAGGCACUUUGGUUUAAAGCAGAAGAAGAGCAGAGGACGUGACGUGGAUUAAAAAAAAAAAAAAAUUGGAGGACAAGAAGAAGAAGAAGAAGAAGAAGAACGAGGAGGACAAAGAAGGUGAAGGAAAUAUACAUUUGUUAAGUUUAACAUGUAACAUUCAUUUUAUUAGAAAACAGUACAUGUUUUCAGUUACAACUAAAAUUGGGUAGCCGUCAAAAUGUAUAAUUAGACAUAUUAAAGAUGCAACUCAAGGUAAAUGGCUUGUAACGUAUGUUGACGUGUGGCUCAUAUAUGCUAACAAUUGACUACUGGGUGGACUUGACUGCAUCUUAGUCAUCUAGUUUUAAGGCUAAUCUCCGUUAUACCCCUUUCUUUAAUUUUGACGUAAAAUUUGUGACAAGAAGUUGUUGUUAAUCAUUAUUAAUUGUAGCUGUCGAAAUCCCAAGACUAACAGUAUGUUUCUAUGACCAAGUUUAGUCUCAACACCGUUUACAACAUAACCAUUUUGUUGACAGUUAUUUUGAUACAGUUGAGGACAGCACUGAACACUGAGCAGAUCCGGUAAAAUGACAGAGCAACAUAUUCUCAGACAACAAAUGAUCUCCAGACUGAUCAGGAAAUUAGAGUGUGGCCUUUCACGCCAACCUCUGGACAUGGACUUUCUACUAUUUACUUGCAGACAGGAGCUGUACCUCUGGGAAGCACUGUCGAGGCAUGUAAAUAUCCACUUAGAGAUUGUACAGGCUUUGCAAGAGUUCCUAAGAUUGGUGAUGGACCACAUUGAUCAUGCUAAUGUUGCGGUGACCACAGUUGAAACUGUAACUGGAGCAAGGGGGCGUCCCAUGUAUGUAGUAGAGAAAGAGAGACUGGUUGAACUUCUUGAAUUAAAUCUGCCAGUGAAGAGCAUUGCAAAAUUACUGGGGAUUUCAGCCAGGACAGUUCAUCGACGGAUGACAGAAUAUGGCCUUUCUGUCAACCAAAAUUAUAGCACUCUCACAGAUGAAGAGCUGGAUGAUGCCAUCCAGCAAAUACAGAGUGAAAUUCCAACAGCAGGCUAUCGGAUGGUGAAAGGAAGGCUGAGGUCGAUGGGUAUCAAUGUCCAGUGGAGAAGACUUACUGCAUCAAUGCAUCGCGUGGACUCACUUGGAAUUCUUUCCAGACUGAGUGGACUAGGCUGCAUUGUGCGGAGAACUUAUUCUGUCAGAGGACCCCUCUCACUGUGGCAUGUCGACACUAAUCACAAGCUGAUAAGGUACAACAUUGUCCUUUUUGGUGCAGUUGAUGGCUACUCCAGGAAGGUGAUGUGUUUGGAGGCUGCAACAAACAACACUGCAUCAACAGCUUUUGCGGCAUUCAAAAAAGCAACAGAGAUCCAUGGUAUACCUUCAAGGGUGAGAGGUGAUCAGGGAGUAGAGAACGUGGACAUAGCUAGAUAUAUGUUUACCAUCCGUGGAACUGAUCGAGGGAGCUUUAUGUCGGGAAAAAGUGUCCAUAAUCAAAGGAUCGAGCGUUUGUGGCGGGAUGUCAGGACAUGUGUGACAUCAAAGUAUUACAACGAACUCCACCUGCUGGAGAUGGAAGACCUACUUGAAGUGUCCUCCUGCGAAGAUCUGUUUGCAGUCCACCUAACAUUCCUUGUCAAACUUCAGAAAGACCUGGAUGCUUUUGUGGAAGGUUGGAACCACCAUCCCAUCAGAACAGAAGAAAACAGAACUCCUGAGCAGCUCUGGCAAACAGGAAUGAUGCUUCAACCCAUUAACCAGCCAGAGAAUCUUGAGGAUAUUCAGGAGCCGGACAUUGACUGGGACAUUGCAGCAGAUUUUCGAGAAGAUGUGCACGGAGCUGUGGUGGUCCCUGAAUUUGACUGCCCAGUAACUGAAGACCAGCUGGUGGAAUGUCAGAAUCUUAUCAAUAACAACAGUGAUCUGGACAGCAGGAGCCUCUACCUCAUGUGUCGUGAAUAUCUGUCUACUUUAAAUGUGUAAUUGAAGAUAUCUUUACUUUUGAAAAAUUGGUACAGAGUAAUUAUUUGAAAUGCUUUGUAAUCAUAAAAACACUGCAUGUACUUAUGUUGCCUUUACACCCACUUGCCCAAUCUGAAAUAUCAUACAGGAAACUUUUGUUAUCUUGAAACUUUUGCUUGUGAAUCUUUAAAGAAAUGUAAAACCUCUGC